AUGGCAGAUGAAACUCACCAAAAGCGCGGUAUGGCGGAAACACUCGAUAUUUGCAAGGCUGAGCCUCCCACGACAGAUAUCGAUACCCUCGAUAUCCUACUUAAGACACUGCAGAAGAUGGGUGGACAUGCGGAGGAACGCAGCAUGCUGUGGGAGAAAGCGGCGAAAGCGAAGCCCCAGGACCAUGAACUUCAGAUGCGAUGGUUCACCUUCGCUUUUGAUGACAAUGAUUGGAAGUCGGCGCAGAAGGCCACUAUGAGUCUUCAAAAAAACUUCCCGAGGGAGCGCAAAUAUUAUUUCUGGGCCAUUUUCUGCAGUCAUAUGCUUGCUACUGAUGAUAGAAGCUCGGAAAUGGACCGCAAGCUGUUCGGCACCUUGGCGUAUCGUAUGGCCUCUAAAGCCGCCGCUGAUGUUCCCUCCGACCCGGCCCAAUUAUUGAGCCAACCCCGUGCCAUUCAAAAGUCAGAGGAAUUGCUGUUGCUGGUCAAGAUCUUUGAGUCACAGAAGCGUUUUGACGAAGUUGUGAAAAUUUUGGAUAGUGAGAACCUGGGUAUCAAGUCUCGUAUCUGUCAAAAUGACACGCACUUCAUCGCACUCAAGGCGGAAAACUUGGGCGCGUCUCAUAUGUGGGAAGAGGCUAUUUCUUUUGUGAAAGAAUACUACACAGUACCCGAAGACGAACAAAAGCAAAAGCAAGUCCGAGAUCUCGAUGAUUGGGUUAUCUGGAACCUUUUGGUCGAAGCUGUGAAACAUCUUGAAACCCCUGGAACCGCUGCUGACAUGCGAAAGUUUGUCGAGAGUUUCAUUGAGUUCAACCCUAAGUCACGUAACGCAACUCUGGCACGCCUUGAAAUAAUCAAAAUCGCCAUCAAGAAGGGCGAGAUGACCAUUGAAGACGAUUUGCUUCCUAUUUGUCAACAAUAUAUUGACCAACACAAAGGCAAGCUUUACGCUUUCAAUGAUCUUCGAAGGAUUUUGGAUGGCGAUAAAGAGGUUAUGGCACAAAUGCUAAAAUACCUGUCUGAAAAUGUCGGCGAAGGCAAGGAUGCCGUCGUACCUACUAUCAAUUCUCUUAAGUUGGAUUACUGCCUGAAUGUUUCCGCUGUGGAUAACCCCUCCAAGCAAAAGCUGGAAGAGUUAGUCACGCGCUGCAUGAGCCUGUAUCAAAGUUCUGCUACGAACGAAAUUGCGAAGACUGAGAAGAACAGUAAAGAGGAAUCAUCCACUAUCGAAAGCCAACCGAGAGAUGAUCUAUGCAUCCUUGCAGCCAUGGCCAUACUGAGUGGAAACAAUGACCAAUCUGAUGCCGCAUCGCAUGCUUCUUUCGUCCGUGCUGCCGCAGUCCUUGAGCGUCUCAUCAUCGAUUCACCACACAACUACCAGGCUCUCCUGAUGCUGGUUCGUAUUUACCUUCUAUUUGGAGCGGGAUCUCUUGCCUUCGGUACCUUCAACAAAUUGUCUGUGAAGCAGAUGCAGUAUGAGAGUGUGGCCCACAAUUUCUUUACCCGUCUCGCUACUAUUCAUCCUCACUCAGCACCCCCAACCGAGGGUAUUGAACGUAAGGAGUUCGACCCUCAAGCAGCAUUCAUUCAGUGUCUCAACUUUUUCCGCACUGCUGACCUGACCACCAUGAGUUUCCGAACUCGUGGUCUUGAAGAGGGAAGCUAUAUCAACGUGGAGGAAAUUGUUGAGCUACGAAAGCGUCUGUCGAACAGUAUUUGUCGAAGACUAUAUGCUCUGGAUGCCCGCCGAGCACAAAGACUGGUUGGUGGAGAUCCAUUAGGACGAUUUGAUGAAAUCGCCCGAAAUGACGCCCCUAUCGUGGAUGGACGUGAAUACUCAGCAUUUAUGAGUUGCGAGUUCCCUGGUCAACCUGAUUUUGAGCGGUACCUCCGCCCAGGGCCAGCUCCAAGUGAAAACUGGCUCUCCUCGGCCAGAAUUACAGACCAACUCUUCGACGUGCUGAAGGGCAUUGCCAUCCAAAAACCAUUAACUCCUGAAAUGGACCUACCGGACUUGAGUAAGCUGUACGUUUCAGAGCCUACCGACCAGACCGAGGUCGAGAAGGAAACUUCGAAAAUCCAUUCCGAGCUGCUCAGAGUGGCGACUUUCAUGGCUGGGUCCAAGAGCACCACUACUGAGCAAGCUGACAAGGCCCUGAGUGAAGUUGAGGACUGGUUGAACGCGAAGAAGAGGAGUCUUACUCUGAAUGAGACUGAGGUUUCCCCUCUCAUGAUCUCUACUGCAAUCUGUCUGCAUGACGGCACCCCAACGGCCGCAACGUGGGAAUAUCUUCAUGCUGUUUUCACCCUCCUCGAGACCCUCAAGGCUCUGUCACUGUUGGUUGCUUCAGCUUCGCGAAAAAGUUCCAAAUCCGCCAAGUUGUCAAAAGAACGUGUGGACCGACUGACUGGGUUGAUGUCCGAGGUAUUUGAGCUCAGCCGGUCUAACACUCGUGCUUUGAAGCAGCGCAUCUCUGCGCCGGGUGUUCUGAGCUCGAUGGUCGAUCUAAUGAUUCAAGGAAGUGAGUCUGACCUUCAUUCGAAGGACUUACAGGAAGUACUAGAGUCAUCUUUGGGAACUUCUGAGCUCGAACUAUUCUGUGGUUCUUUGAUGGAAAGCUGGGAGGAGGCUCUGGAUGGUGUCAUGAGGGUGAAGCUGUGA